AUGCAUGAGUUUGUUUGCUGUGGCAAUGUGCUGUCCAGUCGAAUCGCCUUGGUGAUCCAUUUGUGCCACUACCUGAAGCUCCGCUGGAUCCUGGAGCAGCCCGAUGGAUCAUUUCUUCCUCAAAUGCCCUGCUACCAACAGCUUUGGCGUACUUUUCAGGUCUGGGAAGGAUCUUUCUGGAUGGGUCUAUUUAAUGGUCCCUCACCGAAGCGGCACCGGGUUUGGUCAAACUGCAAGGGCAUUAUCGAUGCCAUUACAGAAAAAGCGGGAUCUAUGUCUCGGGAGCAAAUGAGCCGACUGCCGUGUCGGCUGGCCAACCACUACGAAGAUAAGAACGGUGUGAAGCGACACACUGGCAAAUCCAAGGAACUACAGAAAUCACAGCAGUACACUCGUGAGUUUGGUGAUUUCCUGGCCAAGUACUUUGUGGAAAUCAUGAAGGAGCCCUUCGAGCCCCUCACUGCCAGCACGGCGCCGAACAUCGAUCCCAGUAUGACAGACCAUGAACUCUUUGUGAAGCACUAUGUGACAAAAACGGGUUACCUCCUGGGUGAUAUUUGGGACGCUGAGCUUCCGAGCAUUCUGUACUACUUGAAUGCCAAGCAUGUCGAGGCGCCGGGAUCGGACACUGAAGACUAUGGGGCUCUUGAUAGGCACGCUUUUGCUGCGGGGAGCAGCCUGGAAUUGCAAAAUGCGGCGGCAGAUCCUGCCGAGCAGGCUGCAUAUGAUGCAGUCAUGGAAAAGCUCGGCCUUGCAGCAAGUAGUGCAGAUGCAGCCCCUGCAGCAAAGAGGAGCAAGGUAGAACCAGGAUCAAGCAGCCAGGGACCCCAGGAGCAGCAGCAAAAGAGAAAGCCCGGGCCGAAGCCCAAGGACAAAGGUGAGCAGCUAAAGAGGAAGGCAGAUGAUGAUCUAGGAUCUGAUGUUGCAUCUGCAAAGAAAGGCAAGGCAUCAGCAGCUCAUGUGGAAACCAAGAGUACCCCGGCCUCCCACCGCGAUGAACCUUCGCCGCCACCGGCCCAGCCCGAGAAACCACCCAAGGCCAAGAAGGGUAACGCAGCUCGGGCAGCAGUACCGGAGGAAAGCACGCAGACAACCACAGCAGCACCCAAGCAAAGCCAGCCACCGCCUGAGGACACCGCAGCACCACCCAAGGAAAGCCCUAAGGACACCGAGGAAAGCAAGGCGCCAAAGGGCAAGGCAAAAGCAAAGGGCCGGCCAAAAGCCAAAGCAGCAUCCACGGACACCAAGCCACCCGCGAGUCGUGUACGCGCGAAAAAACCACAAGCAGCCGAACAGGAGAAGGAGCCGGAUACGCAGGAGUUCUGGGACAACGAUCUCGGUAUGAUGGUCUCGUGGGCACGCUUUGAUGAGGUCCUGAAGAAGGUACUGGAGCUGCAUGAUGAAACCCCGGCUUCGAUUGCUGCAGCCCUUGAGGAUGUGUUGGGGCCGUGUCCUCAAGAGAUUGCCGGUAACAUACCCGACUACGCGCCGGGCAGCUCACGUCAUCCGGGCCCAGUGCUGGAGGCUCCGUCGCCCAAGAACCUGCAGAACAGCUUUGAGGAGCAGAGCACACCAGAGGCUUUCAAGCUGAAGCGGUCAUGCAAGACUUUGAUCGCUGGCAUCAAGAUGACGAACAGGAUGGCGGAUGCUGGCCGGGCAGCCACACCUGUGAAACAUCAGGAUGAAAACCUGGCGGAAUUGUUCGAUGGGCUGCUUUGUUGCACAAAUUGGUUUGGCUCACACCCUGAUUGA